UUGCAGACAAAUCCGGUGGAGUCUAUAAAAGCAAGAGGCUUUUCAUAUGCCGACUCAAACGCAAAAGGACAACGGGCCUGGUCGGUUCCACGAAGCCGACAGUCGGCUAAAGCAGCACAAGCAGAAUACUGAAAACAAUUAAAGAAAAAACCGGCAAUAACAAAGCAAAACAAAGCCACACCACACCACACCAUGAGUGCACCUCACGUAUGCUUUGCUGAUGAUUUGCAGGCCAAAAAACCAAACAUAACCAAAUUGAAGACUUCUAGCAAUGGCAGCUUAAACAACAACAAUAAUAACGCCAACUCCAACGCCAAUUUAAAGCUAGAAGCUUCGUCCCAGAGUUCUCCAGGCAGCAGCUUAAGUGUUUCACCAACUCCACGCUUCGAACGGAACAUGGGAUUCUUUCAGCAUCUGAGUCGACGCUUUGGGUUGAGGUCAUCGGAUGACCUGAAUCAGGCCGAUGACGUUGUUGCCGCUGCAUCUGCACAGGAAGAAGAUACACACAGUUCAUCAACCGAUUCAUGCUCCUCCACUGGGCGUGUCAACGGGCAUCAUCAUCAACAACAAAUAUCGUUGAGCAUGUCUUGCGCCUCAAGUGAAACUAGUAGCACAUUGGACAUGGAAGAGCGCGAGAUGGAUCACCCCAUUAAACAGACCAAACCUGCAACCUUAGGUCAGUCUGGCUUUUCUCGGUUGCAUCGCCGAUCCACGUCCUCACUGCGUCGUGCCUUUGAAAGUCUUUCGUUAACUUCACGCUCGUUAUCCUGCAGCGGACAUUCACCACCGCCUCCAAUAGGCAGCACCUCUCUUGCCUCUGUGUCAACUGCCAUGCCGUUAAAAUCGGCUCUUAAAUCCGCUUCUAAUGUGGAGCUGAACAAACAUCAGCAAAGGCAUCAGGCUGGCAUUCCUACUUCAUCCUCAACAUCAAAGUGCAAGGUAAAGGUAAAGCCUCAGCCUCAACGUAUUCUACGUCAACCUGUAUCCUAUACAUAUCUAAAGGGCAUGUCUGGUUUGCCCACUCAGCGGGUGCCACGCAGUUCUGUCUGCUGUCAAUAUGCAAGGCGUUAAAAGAAAACUUUACCUUACGUUUACAACUCACUUUCCUGGCGCAUUCAUAAAUGUAUAUAACCAAUAGGUAAUUCUUUGACAUUCUCGAUAAAUUACCGUAUUCAAACAGCUAACCAAUACAUUUAUAGUCGUUUUUUGGCUGUAAGGUUACAUCCAGAAAAAUUCUUUAAAAGUUUAAUUGCACAUUCACUUCAAAAUCUGUGAUAAAAAAGAAGGCAACACAAUAAGAGAAUUAUACAAAAUCCUUCGCUUUUUUUCUUCACUCGUUGUCCCGCCCUUCUUACCAUAACGAGCGCCAAAUAUAUGAAGAUAUCAAUAACCAUUUUGUAAGAUUUGAUUAAUAACUUUUGCACUUUGAGAAAUUAUAAUACCAGUAGAAUUUGUAGUUGAAAUUAUCAUAGAAAUAGUGCGUA